AUGGCAAAGCUAGCAAAAGAUUCUGGAAUCAACGACACGGUAGCGUCGGCACCAGUAUAUCAGGCAACGCCCGGCAAUAUACCUCAGGAAAUUUGGGGACUUAUACUUAGUUUUGUCGACGAUGAGUUCACACUCUGGGUCACCUGUCGCCAGGUGUCACGCGUCUUCCGAACAGAGGCAGAAUGCGAGUUUGCUUUCACACGGCUCCCAAAACUAAGCUUCUCUUCGUCGGCUAGUUGCAAUUAUUCGAUUACGGAACAUACACAUUGCUACCGCUGCGAAAUCUUUACGGAAAGUCUCCAGUGCUUUCUUCAAGAUGGCCAAGAAGUCAUAUACAAGAUCAAGAUUGACUCCUGUCUCUGCGAUAUAGAUAACAACGGCAGAUCGAUAGCUGGAAACUAUUCAGGGAACCACAGUAGCUUAAGGGAGACAGUUACCGGUCUACUGGCAUAUCGGUUUCCUCAUGAUAUCAUGCCACAAUUCAAGCGUCAUAUUCAUAGAGUAGAGCUUGGAUAUUAUUUCAAUGACACGCCCCUCAAGUACACUAGCCUGGACUUUGACAACCUUACGUUAGCUUUCCGAUGGAAGCCUUUUAUGAACGACUUUUUCAAGAACAUCUCGUAUAUUCAAAAGCGCACCCAGAUCACAACACCUAUUGGUUGUCUUGCAGAAGAGUCUCUUGACCAACUUUUCGAGAGAAUCGCUGCCAAUCCAGAGUUCGAAAGGAAGAUGCUGGACGAUUGGCCAUUGGAUUAUGGGGAAGAGGAAAACCAAUAUUUCUAUGAAGCAUAUGUUGAUCGUGUGCGCCACACAUAUCCAGAGGGCCUAGUAAAGAUUAUGUUUUUGUCUUAUCCUAGGCAUGGUUCAGAAAAUUGA